CUUUUGGAUCUUGGUCCAUGAUGGCCUUUUUAUUGAUUUUGACGAUUGGAUCUCUCUAUGAAUGGAAAAGGGGUGCUUCGGAUCGGGAGUAACCACUAGUGAUAGGGCAAAAAGAGGGGGGAAGGACAAAGGAAAUCGCGAUGCCUACAUUAAAUCAAUUGAUUCGUCAUGGUAGAGAAGAAAAACGGCGCACGGACCGUACUCGAGCUUUGGAUCAAUGUCCCCAGAAGGAAGGAGUAUGCCCGCGUGUUUCAACGAGAACACCGAAAAAACCUAAUUCAGCUCUACGUAAGAUAGCCAAAGUACAGUUGAGCAAUAAACAUGAUAUAUUUGCUCACAUUCCAGGCGAAGGUCAUAAUUCGCAGGAACAUUCGAAGGUCUUAAUAAGAGGAGGUAGAGUCAAAGAUUUGCCAGGUGUGAAAUCCCAUUGUAUUCGAGGAGUCAGGGAUUUGCUGGGAAUUCCGGAUCGAAGAAGAGGAAGAUCCAAAUAUGGUGCGGAAAAACCCAAAUCGAUAUGAAUGGAAGAUGCCUCUGGAACUUCUUUUUCUCGGUCAGUAGUUGGAAAGUUUCUCGAGCUCAGGUACGGGCGACUCAGCCACAUGUGCUCGACUGAAUAUGCAGCCACGGAACUGCUAAAUCCCUCGUGAGACAGAAGUUCCGGUCAAUCGUGUCGGCCUUCAUCACCGCUGCUUUGGCGAUCCGACUUCACGAAUGCGGUGACGCGCAGUAUUUGUUGACAUAGGGGUAGCGAGGAGCUUUCCGCAGUUCAUUCAAUCUAUGAAUCCACAGUGGGACGUUCUCAAUCCAAAGUGGACUUUUGGGUCAAAGCCUAGACCAAAGGUCCCUAAUAGCGUAGGGAGACUAAUCGGGUAGCGAAUCCCAUCCUCAGCUAAACCUGGGCAAUUCACAUAGCGCCUUCCUUUCGAUAGACUUCCUAAACUAAAGGAGGAUCUAGCUGUGGAUGAUGUCACAGCUGGAGAGUCAACCUUUGAAUAUUAAUGCCUGCCUUAUUCUAGACUGAAGAAGAUAGAUUUCAAGAAUUCCUUCCUUUCCUUUUCAUCGAAAGCUUUAGUCACAUCUGACAUCACUUCUAUUAAGAAUUAAGAAAACCUAAGUCGAGUUUGUUGAUCGGAUAAAAGGAUCUAUGGAAUAGAGUUGAGAGACCCUUUAAAAACAGAAUGAAAGACAGAAUAGGAUAAGAGUUCUCAGAGCAGACUUCAGAGCUGACCAUUCCUUUCUGGCUAACCUACCGGUGGACUCGAAAUAACGAAAGCAAGCUUUAAUGCAAGACCCUUAUCCCAAUAGACUAGACAUCUAUAGAUGAGAACACAUAAAGCUUAUGGAAAUCCAUCUUGACUUUCCUUUAAUUCAUGCUCUCAUUCUUAGACUGCAGGGGGACAUCCUCAGAAUGGUCUCUCAGUAUGGUUACCAUUUCCUUUCGCAUAAAUAGUCUAUGUUGUAGAUAAGGCAAGUUAUACGAUACGAUGUGAUUGACCUAUCAAUAUGAUCUAUAUGAAUAUGAAUAGGGUAAACAUUAGAUGGGAAGAUGGGAAGAAAGAAGGCGAUAAGGGAAUGCGCAGAGCAAGAACGCCUCCCCCUCAAAGAGAGUAAUAGAGGGAGACAGCAACUCACCAGGAGAGGGAAGCUAAGAGAAAGAAAGACCGGAAUUCCCAUCCUUCUCUUAGAAGGCAGAGUCGAAGAUAGGAUGUAUUUCUUACCCAGCCUUUGUCGUCCUAUCUUAUCUCUUUCAAAGCUCUAUAAUAAAAGUCAAAAAGGGAAAGGGCACGGAAUAAGAAACCCAAAUCCACUCCAUAAAAUAGAAGAAAAUCCAACACGGAAAUAGGAGGAAAUAGGACCGGUAAAAGCCCUUCUUUGGUAUUGGGAAAUACGUCACCCUCUCGCUUUUCUUUCUAUCUAUUAAUGCGGAAACGAGCAAUUUGAACAAGCUGAAUUCCAUCCACCCUGAUUUCCGACCUCUUGCAUUGCAUUACCAUAACGAAAACAAAAAAGAGAUUGCUCUUGUGAUUCUCCAUGAAGCUUUCUCGGUCGAGGAAAGGAAUAGCGAUAGAUUUCUAUAGAGCAUCGAGGAACAAGCAGAUGAAAUCGGACGACGAAUUCUUGCGUGGUCCAAGGAAAUCAAAGGUCUGCUUCCACGAUUUCAUCUAUAUAGAAUCUUUGAAUAUCAGAAUAGCUUAUAUAGUCAUGAUUCAAUUCAUGAAUUAGCCCACUAUGAGUCUACUGCAUUUAUAAAUAUAUAUUCUAGUAUAUCAUUUCUGUCUCUGUUACAAGACGGCGAAACUAAAUGGUUCAA